ACCACUCCACCAACCAAAAUCAUCAUCGUCAUCCUCCUCCCCAAGCUCCUCGCCGUCGCCCUCGCUCGUCAACUCGUCGACCUCUUUCCCCGACCCCCCGCCGUCGAACAAUCUAGGUGAUUUGAGCGCCGGUGGGGAAGGUUCUGACAUGGCGACGGCUUUCAAGGCGUUCGUGAACAGCCCCGUCGGCCCCAAGACCACCCACUUCUGGGGACCUGUCGCUAAUUGGGGCUUCGUCCUCGCGGGUUUGGUUGAUUUGAACAAGCCUCCUGAAAUGAUAUCUGGCAAUAUGACAGCAGCCAUGUGUGUGUACUCUGGACUUUUUAUGAGGUUUGCAUGGAUGGUACAGCCGCGGAACUACUUGCUUCUGGCAUGCCAUGCCUCCAACGAAACCGUUCAGCUCUAUCAUUUAUCUCGCUGUGCUAAAGCUCAGGGGUACAUAGGGAAGAAAGAGCCAGAGGCUCAGCAGUGAAGAUGGCCUAGAAUGCUGCAGUCACUCUGCAAUAAGCAAACUUUGUUUUCUUUUUCCUGAAGAUUUUCAAUGCUCAUUCCGGAUGAUACAGUUCCUGUACUGGACUGCAUAAAGAGCUUUUGAAAUGGAAACCUCUCUAAAAAGUCUGUUCCAAAUUUCUGGUUUGCGAAUGCUGUGGCUUUGAUGUGCAUUUAUCAAAACGCAUGCCAUUUUGUUAAUGCACAGAGUUGGAUUACAAUCCAUUUUAUUCUUGUGGUGAUGAGCACAAGAUGAACA